GUCACGUGUGAAAAGAGGAGGAAGACAGUAGGCAGUCCGAGAAAUGGCGACUCCGUGAUAUGUCGCUUCAGGGGGGUACUGAAGUGGACCUCAUGUUCUGAUGCCCCACCAAGAUAUUUUAUAUUGUGUCAUACGAACUAAGUGGAUUAUUUCCCUCAAUAUCUAUUGUUUGGAUAAAUAUGGCGGCAAAUAUGUACAGAGUUGGAGAUUAUGUCUAUUUUGAGACAUCUUCAACAUCCCCAUACCAGAUAAGAAGAAUAGAAGAACUCAACAAGACUCCCAAUGGAAAUGUGGAAGCAAAAGUCAUGUGUUUUUACAGAAGAAGGGACAUCUCUAGUUCUCUUAUUAUGUUGGCUGACAAACACCAGUCAGAGGCACUUCUUGGCCAUAAGUUGUUGCAGGAAGAAGAUGGAGAUGAAGAACCAUCGCUGUUGGAUGAAUUUCGAACGGAUUUUGCUAUGGGGAGAAGACAACUGUGCCGUAAUAAAACUUUCAAGAAAAGUGUGCCGAUGGAGGAGGAAGAACCACCGGAAGACAUGAAAACGACGGAAAAGGUCGAAGGAGAAGAGAAAGACGACCAUGUUGAGAAGUCUGCUGAUAAUAUUCCUGACAAACAGAAGCAUCAGUUGAAGCACAGGGAACUGUUCUUGUCGCGACAGGUGGAAACGCUGCCUGCGACACACAUACGAGGGAAGUGUGUGGUCACCCUGCUCAACGAGACAGAACUACUCAUUUCAUACUUGAACAAAGACGACACAUUUUUUUACUCAUUAGUCUAUGACCCACAACAGAAAACCUUGCUUGCUGAUAAAGGUGAAAUCCGAGUCGGCUCAAAGUACCAGGCAGAAACAAUUCCUUUACUACAAGAAAGUGAAGAUUAUGAUAGGCAAUCAAAAGAUUUAGAAGAAUUAGUAUGGGAACCAGAUAAAUUAUCAGAAAAAGAAAUAGACCAAUUUCAAAUUAUUUCAAGGUCAGUGGGUACGUUUGCCCGAGCUUUAGACUGCACCAGCACUGUGCGGCAGCCCAGUCUACAUAUGAGUGCUGCUGCUGCUUCUAGAGAUAUCACACUAUUUCAUGCAAUGAACACGUUACAUACACACAAGUACAAUAUAGCAAAUGCCGUGUCCAGUCUAGUCCCUGAAGGUGGUCCAGUCCUGUGUCGUGACGAAAUGGAGGAGUGGUCUGCUUCAGAGGCUAAUCUCUUUGAAGAAGCUCUCGAUAAAUAUGGCAAAGACUUCAAUGAUAUUAGACAAGAUUUUCUUCCUUGGAAAUCAUUAAAAAGUAUUGUUGAAUACUACUACAUGUGGAAGACAACAGACAGAUACGUCCAACAGAAAAGAAUAAAAGCUGCUGAAGCUGAGAGUAAACUGAAGCAAGUUUACAUUCCAAAUUACAACAAGCCAAACCCAGCAGCAUUGUCCAACAGUAUCAAUGGUACUGACAACCAAGUUUCAGGGCGUGCCUGUGAGAGCUGUUACACGGCACAUUCAUCACAGUGGUACUCCUGGGGUCCUGCACAUAUGCAGUGUAGACUGUGUGCCAUUUGUUGGACCUACUGGAAAAAGUAUGGAGGAUUGAAAAUGCCAACAAGACUAGAUGGUGAGAGACCUGCACCCAAUCAAAGACAAGAACGUGUAGCCCAAAGAGAAGCUAGCCGCAGUCACAGAUGCACAAUUUCUGGCUGUGGAAAGGAUUUCAAGCUGAAAGUGCACCUUGCGAGACACUUGGCAACGGCACAUGGGCUGGCCAUCCGGUCGGGGAGUCCUCGCCCAGUGAUGAAAACCCGUGCUGCGUUCUGCCUCGUCACGACUCCACUCACGAGAAUCUCACGCCGCAUGUGCAAGGAUAUUCUGAGGCCCAGGCACGCGGCCCGAUGCCCCUUUGUUCCAAUAAACAUCGCAGCUAUCAAACAAGAGUGCCCCCUGCGUUUAACUGAUGCUGGCUGCAACGUUCCGACUAUUCCUGAUCGGAAGGCCAUGUCGACCACGAUGGAUCCUGUAGCUUCCAGACUGGGGAUCAACAUCCAGGUGGACACACCCAAUAUCCUGUUGCGUAGUGCUGCAGAUCCUUCUGUGAAGGGUCAGGGCUUGUCCUUUCCCGUGUCCAGCAUGCUGCCGCAGUCACCAAGGAACUCUGAUAGUCCAAAACCUGUUACCGGUCCAUCCAUUAUGAAGAAAAGAGGUUAUCAAAACAUCAAUGGAUUGGAUGGACCACUAGCCAAGAAACCAAGUUUGGGAGUAAUCCGUCAAGCAAGUUCUGCACUUGAUUUACCAGAAGCUACACGUGCCAGUGUGAUCAACCACAACCCAGGACGACACAACGGUCGCACCAAGAACCCUGGGAGGACAGGCUACAAGAUGCACAUGAUCAGCUGGAUUGAUGCACCCGAUGAUGUCUUCUUUGUAGCUACAGAUGCUACCAGGAAACUUCGUAAGCAGCUAAACCCUCGUGAUUUCAAACGCACUGCUCGCAAUCCGUGGAGGGGACUACUGUUCAGACCACCACUGACGGGCACAGGGAGCAGGCUGCCAAAUACUGUUGUAUUAGACUGAAUGUUGAAAGAAGAGAUUAAUUCUUAACACGUGUGAACUCAUCCUACCAGGCCUGGUGCUUAUAAAACUUGUAUAGUCUAAACUUGAGACUCUAACAGAGUCUGAGACAGUAACGUCAUGCCAACACCAUACAAAUUGCAUGCGUGCGACGUCAUUUGAGAUUGAGAGUGGACUCUAAAAAAUUUAUAAGCAUGGGCCCAGGACAAACACAGAUGUGGCGACCAAUCUCAAAUGUACGGAAUCACAUGUGAACAGUGUGGAUGAUUGUUGGUGUUUUUUUAAGUGUGCAUUCCAGGGUUAAUUCUGUGUAACAUUGGAAAACUUGAAAAAACAAAACCAAAAAAAAAAUUGAUGACUUUUCAGUACCCUGCCAUUCGUCAUCCUCUUUACAUUUGUUUUGUGGUUUGUAUGUUUUAUCUUUUGAGGCCAUUAGUUUGCAGAUUUAUAGUAUAUUAAACAAGCUUAUGUGUAAAAGGAACUAAUUUUCCAUUGUUACAAACUUUAGUAAGAUACAAUUAAGUUAUUUCAUGAUGAACCAGAACUUGAUAAUGUAGCAAGUUUAACAUCAUGUUUAUUACUCAAUGUUUUGUUAAACAAUGUGGUUUAGUGAAAUAAAAGGAAAGGAGAUGGAAUAUUCAGAUGUUAUCAAAUGAUUGAUUGUGAUGUCAUGAAGAUUUCAUAAUUGAUUCAUAUAUCUAUAACCUUAUGAGCGAUAGUAUAACAGCAAAAUCUCAUCUGGAUGAAAAAAGGAAAAGUGACACUUGUUUUGAUCAAACCACAAAUUUCAGUUGUAUUUUAACAUGCAUUUUUAUUCUGUUGUGUUGCCACUGUUAUAUUUGGACUUGAUGGCCCCGAAAACUAUCCCCCUCCCUAUUAUGUACAGUAAACCUGAGCAAGGCAGCUGGUUAUCAUACACAAGGUUUAAAGACAAAAACUUGUGAUGUUGACCUUUUUGACACAUCCGAUCAAGUGGAAAUGACCAUCAUCAAUUUAUGUACAGUUUGAAUAAAUUGGUAGUGUUUACUCUUUGGUAGGCUUUGAUGUUGCUCAUAGGACAUUUUGAAAGUGCUGCAGAUUUUGGGACCAUUCCCAGUUAGGUUGCUUAGACAACAUCAUUGAUGACAAAACGGUAAUUCUUGUAUCGUUUCCUAGAUUAAAUUUUGUUUUGUAUAUUCUUUAUCGAUGGUGGUGGCAAAAGUGCUUUCAGUAUUAAUUAGCUAAACUUCAUGUAAAGUUCACACUUUUUGUUUUCUUUUGUGGAUGAUUUUAGUGACUUUAAUUAGGCAAUGAAGCUCAUCAGGACGUAACUACCAAGUCUGAAAUGAUGGAUUCAGUUAAAAAUCAGUUUAGUAAACAAUUUCUAGGCUUUUUGUAUGCAAACGUUUCUUUUUUGUUAGUACCACCCCAAAUAGUUGUCCUGGUUCUUCAAUGACACAUUUACUUUUAAAAACCCUGCAAAAUGUUCCCGAUUGUUUUUUGUUUUUGUUUUUUUGUACCAUGUCAAUUUCACCUCUGUGAAUAUACCUUUAAUGGCUUUAGUACUGAUUUGAGGGUUUUAAAAAACCAAAACAUUCGAGAUUUUACUCAUGAAAAUUCUCAGCUAAAUGAGUCUUUGAGACUGUCUGUAGAAAGAGAGGGCCUCGUAAGUUGGAUAACUUGUGCCCAAUCAUUUUGUAUAUACCGGUAUACAUUAUAUGCAAUAAAAAUAUGUUUUUAAUCAAUCAAUUCAUUCUUAAAAACGAAGAUGCCAUUAAAUUAUGGCUCAGUCUUCUUGCUCAAGUGCCAGGAACAGAUAUUUUAACAUUUGUGCAAGCUAUGGUGGCCUGGACUAAAAUAAAAUCAACAAAAAAAAUUAACCUAACGAUGGUUUUAGAUCUUCAUUCUGCCACAAUGUGAGUUUAUUACACUCGCCAUAAAUAUGUUCAUCAUUUAUACACAUCUGUCACCAAAUAAGUAAUCACGCAAAUAUACAGGUUCUUCCAUCUGCAAAACCACAUUUUCCGAGUCAUUGUGUUAAUCAUGUUACAGAACCACUGAAGUUGUAAUUAAUGUGAAUGUAAGGGUAAUAUUUAACUCUAAUUGGACACAUUUGCCUGAUGUACACAUGGCUUUUAUUAGCCCUGGUGACAAGUUAUCAAGGGUAUAUAGCAUCUUGCCAGAGCGUGACACGAUGAUGUCACCACUCUAGCAACUUUAUUUCUCAUCACUCUUUCCAUAGGAUCUUAAAAUCUUGAACGAGUUCGGCUUUCUGCAUUGAAGGUCUAGGUCACUUUUACUAAAAAUAGAAAUAUGACAUCACCUCAGUAGAAAACUUAAUUUCUUAUUCGAUUCUGUGUUGAAGGUUACGAUUAUUUAAAAUAGAAAUGUAACAUCACAGCUCUGCACACUUCAUUUCUCAUCCAAUUUUCAUGAAACUUUGUUUAUAGGAUUAAGAUCAUGUCUUUACAUUUCACCUGUCAGCAUCAAAGGUCAAGGUCACCAUUAUUAAAAAUAGAAAUUGUCACUCACACAAAUUUAUUUCUUAUCCAAUUUACAUGAAAUUUAACAUACAGUAAUAGGAUAAUGCAGUCACAAGGGGAUUUGCAGUGAUUCAGAUGCCUUGUUAGUUUUAAGUGGCUAUAAAAAUAAGUUUUUACAUUAAAUCAUUAUUUUUAUGUAAUGCAUGCUUCUGAAUUUGGAGUCUGAUGACUGGUAAAUUGUUUGUGUAUUUUGGCCAAUCUGCCAACACAAAACCUACCAUACUUAAAAGUACCAUUUCAUAGCUACCCUUUUGCAAGAUUUACUUGCAGGAUAUAUAAAUGAGAUAGAACAGUUUAUAUAUUUAUGGUCAAUUUAGUCGUUUCGGUAGUGAAAUUAAUAGUUCUGUUCCGUUAAGCAUUUUUAUUCUUAUUUUAAUUAAGGGGCUAUUCAAGAAAUGGCAGGUUUAUUGAGUUUGUUAAUAAAUUUCUUUUAAAUGCAGCAUAGCCUGCUGUAUUUUGGGGGGGGGGGGGGGGUUGUAAAAAAAAUUAAUUGAUCGUAUCUCAAAGAUAAAGGUGCAUCACUUUUGCAAUUAGACCAAGAGCA